AUGUCACUUCUCUUCAAUUUCUUUCGCUUCCUUUUCCUUCUCCUCAUUUUCCCCUCCUUUUCCUUCUCCGCCACACCAUGUCCUCUCAACAUAACCCUCCUCCGCCACAUCGGCGACGGCUCCCGACCUUCCACCACCUCCUCCGACACCCAGUGCCAUUACAUCCUCCAAGCUCUCCACCUCGUCCAAGCCGAUUACCUCCACCGCACCGGCUUCUUCGUUCCACCUCCCAACACCUCCGAAUCAUGCUGGUCCUCUUUCCAAUCCUUCAUCGACGAAUUUCAACCUAAUUUCAAUAUCCGUUCCUCUUGCGGUUUUCAAACCUCGUGGAUCUCUCAAGGUUGCAUGAACAUCACAACCAAACAACAAUUCGAACAACAAGUUUCUUUACCAGCACUUCAAUCUCUUCAAACGAACUGUAACGUAUCUCUUGAUAACAACGCUCCUUGCGCUCUCUGCACAGCGAAACGCUCGGAUGCUCUUACUUCCUUGACCGGAGUAACCGUCAGUAACGUCUCCGACUGUAGAUCUUAUACCGCGAUUUAUGCGGCAUCACUUUCCGAUCAGUUUGGUCCUACUAACAUCGGAACUGCUAAGUGUUUGUUCGGUCUCGAUUUUUCGUCUUCGAGUUCUAGCAGUAAGCAUCACACCAUUGUCAUUGUGCUUGUUACUGUUUUUGUGUUUUUAGGAUUGUUACUGUGCGGUGGUUUUUGGGGUUAUUUUAGAUAUAAGAAGAAAAAGAGUGUGAAUUCGAAGGGUAAUAGUAAUAGAACUGAGAUUAUUUUAGGGUUGAGUUCUGGUUUGGAUAAUAUGAACCAGAGUACUACUUUGAUCAAGUUUAGUUUUGAUGAGAUUAAGAAAGCAACUAGGAAUUUUUCUAGGGAUAAUAUAAUUGGAAGUGGUGGUUAUGGAAAUGUUUAUAAAGGAUUAUUAUCGGAUGGAAGUGAAGUUGCAAUGAAAAGGUUUAAGAAUUGUUCGGUUGCUGGUGAUGCGAGUUUUAGUCACGAAGUUGAAGUUAUUGCUAGUGUUCGACAUGUUAAUCUUGUUGCUUUGAGAGGCUAUUGUACGGCUACGACUAAUUUAGAAGGUCAUCAGAGGAUUAUUGUUACUGAUUUGAUGGAGAAUGGGAGUCUUUAUGAUCAUUUGUUUGGUUCUUCGAAGAAGAAGUUGAGUUGGCCGAUUCGUCAGAAGAUUGCGCUUGGCACGGCUAGGGGUUUGGCUUAUUUGCAUUAUGGUGCUCAGCCUUCGAUCAUUCAUAGGGAUAUUAAAGCGAGUAAUAUACUUUUGGAUGAGAAGUUUGAAGCCAAGGUAGCGGAUUUUGGAUUGGCGAAGUUCAAUCCUGAGGGAAUGACUCAUAUGAGUACUAGGGUAGCUGGAACUAUGGGGUAUGUUGCUCCUGAGUAUGCUUUGUAUGGACAGUUGACAGAGAGGAGUGACGUGUUUAGUUUCGGUGUUUUGCUUCUCGAGCUUUUGAGUGGAAGAAAGGCGCUUGAAACGAACGAGGAUGGUCAACCGUCUGCUUUCAGUGACUUGGCUUGGUCGUUGGUUAGAAACAAUAGGGCUUUGGAUGUUGUUGAAGAUGGUAUGCCAGAAUCUGGAACACCAGAAAUUCUUGAAAAGUAUGUGCUGGUUGCUGUUUUAUGCUCUCAUCCACAGUUAUAUGCAAGGCCAACGAUGGAUCAGGUUGUGAAAAUGUUGGAAACAGAUGAUGAACCGAUGCCCUCGGUUGUUGAAAGGCCGAUUCCUUUUAUUGCAGGGAGACUUGAUAUCGAAAAAUCUACUGGCAGUAACUCGGGUCAGCUCUGCAGUCCAACUGGUUAUCAAGCAUAUACAUUGCAAUUACAAAAUCGCCGUACUUCUACUUGUAACGAAGAAGACGAAGAAAACUCCGAGCGUGUUUCUAAUAGUAUGGAAGCGGAAGGAAACUCUGAACGUCUUUCAAAUAGUAAAGAAGAGAAAGGAAACUCUGAACGUCGGUCUGUAAGCAAAGAUUGA